GCUGUGCCAUAUAGACAAGUCACGGGUGACUGGGAGCUUCAGCUUUUCGGCACUUAUCAAGAUAACCAUGUAAAGUAGCUAUCUUGAUAUGCUGUAGGGAGAGCAGAACAUCCCUGUAGGGAUGAUGCCCCCUGGCUGGCAGGGAGGCUUUCACAAAAGAAUGCUUUGGGAGCAGUUCAGGGCAGCUAUAUCAAGCUCCUGUUCUGAGCCUUGUUCUGGGGCAACAUCUCCAUGUUCAUGGACUAGAAAGGAGAAACUGGCUGGUGCAGCAGAAAGCCUUAGGCUGCAAAGUUUAACUAUCCCUAUCUCCUUCUUUGAAACACAAGCAAGUGGGAAAAGUACAUUCAAAACAAAACCAGCUGCUGCCUUCAGAUUGCUGAGUUUACCAAGAGGAACCCCAACGGCUUCUGACAGCUGGGGCGGGAGGCCCGGAGGAAUCGUGCUAGGAAGUUAGGACACUGGCUUCUGUGUAUCAGAUUGCAAGAAAAAAAAAGAAUACUUGACUUCCGUAACGUUUAUUUUCAACAGCCACUUUCAGCUUCCUGUCUCUGCAGUGUUUCCACCUGUGGAUGGGGCAGAAGUGCAGCUGUGGCAUCUUGUGGAGGCCAGCUUUAGCAUGGGAUUUAUCCUGAAGAAAAUACUUGCAGAAGAAAAAGAAACGUCGUUUGACUCACUGAAGAUUUAAAACCGACAGCACCACAGAGCCAUGUGGGACGAAAGGGGAUUUUAGUCUCAAGUGGCAAAAUCAAGUCAUAAGAAGUAAAGAGAUUUGGAUGGUUUCUCACUAAAUGGAAGUUAUCUAGAAAGCCUCUGAGACCACUGCAUCUCUCCAUCCCACUCCUGUUGCACGGAUACACUGCUCUUGGCCUUGGACGUUAAUAAAAUGCUGGAUUCAGUCAAAUGUGUCCUGGUGGGAGACUCUGCGGUUGGGAAAACAUCUCUUUUGGUACGUUUCACCUCUGAGAUGUUUCCAGAUGACUACAGACCCACCGUAUAUGAAAAUACUGGAGUGGAUGUCUUCAUGGAUGGUGUGCAGAUUAGCUUAGGCCUUUGGGACACAUCUGGCAGUGAUGCCUUCAAAGGCAUUCGCCCCCUUUCAUACCAACAGGCAGAUGUGGUAUUAAUGUGCUACUCAGUGGCAAACCAUAGUUCCUUUCUGAACCUGAGGAACAAAUGGAUCGGUGAGAUCCGCAGCCAUUUGCCCCGCAUCCCCGUUUUGGUGGUGGCCACUCAGACUGACCAGCGUGACACGGGUCCGUACCGUUCCUCCUGCAUCAGCCCGAUAGAUGGGAAGCGGCUCGCCCAGGAUGUGCGAGCCAAAGGCUAUUUGGAGUGCUCUGCCCUCAGCAACCGAGGGGUGCAGCAGGUGUUUGAGUAUGCUGUGAGGACAGCAGUCAAUCAAGACAAAAGGCGGAACAGGCGGAAGCUCUUCUCCAUUAACGAGUGCAAAAUCUUUUGAGGACUCUCAGCAGUGGUUUUGCUCAUGUUCGUUCUUUCUGUUCUCACACAAAGAUACUGUGGCAGAGAGAAUGGGAGGUGAAUCAAAGGAGGGCUCCUGGCAGGACCACAGCGCAGGUGCCUCAUGAGACAGAUGUACUCUCUAUCUGAUUCUCUCCUCCCAAACACACAUGGGCACUACCUUGAAAAACAAAAGGUGCAGGUACCCGCCCUUAUUCACAAGCCUGUGUUUGGACUUUGCUAGCCUGGACUGGAGCAGGCCUAGCCUGGAGAUCUGCAGAUAACAGCUGUGCUGAUUUUGUUGUUGUUUCUGUUGAUGUUCCUCAGUUGAUGGUUUGUCUGCAUCUGCAUUUAUUUAAUGAUGAACUUCUGCCUGGAUCAACCCCUACCUCUGUCCAUGUGGAUUUUUUUCUUUAAGAACUUGAUAUAUAAAAUCUGACCACUGUGUAUUCUAUUUAAAGGACUCUUGUAUACAUUGUUUAAAAUCCUGAAAGUUUGUUUUUGUAUUUUGGAGGUUUUCCCUUUAGCUAACCACAGAAGCAAAUUGUCCUAUCCAUGUCAGAAAUGGCCUGCAGGGAAGCCUAGCACUUCUUAGACAUGCCCAAGUCAUUGCAUAACAGUCAUCAAAUCCAGUACAGGAAUGAUCAAAACUUAGUGGCAUUUGACAGCUGUCUGGCAGCUUUGUGAGAUUUAUUUUGUUACAUUCAUCUUGUUCCUCAGCAAUGUGGUCAAACAUGGAAAACUAAUCUGAUUCUUCCUAGACUUCACCGGGUUACAACCCCAGAAGGGCUUGCAGUCAGGGCUGGUUUAGGCAUAUGGUUGGGGUGGCAGAGAUGAAUCCGUGCUACCUACCAUCACUUCUGCUGUGCCUACUGUAAUUCUGGACACAAAAGAUUUUAGUCUCCAGGGAUGAAAGCUAUUUUUUCAUGAGCACUAAAAUUUUCACAUAUUUUUAGUACACUUUUUUUUUGACGCAGUGGGUUUAGCGAAACCAGUCACUUACAUUAGUAAAAAAUUAAGUACAUGACAGUGUUUAAUUUGUGUAUUUAGAAUGGCUAAACAAUAUAUUUUUUUGAGUUUGCAUACUAAGUUUAACUGCCUGGGCUGUAUCAAAGGAAGAUUGAAACAGGCUUUGCAUCCUAGGGAGCUCGUCAAUUCUAAGAGUCAAAUCCUGACGUACCUACUCGGGCCAAGUUACCCUCCUGCACAGAAAGUCAGGCUAAGCAGGUAGAAACUCCAGGUAUGUUAGAGAACUCUGCUAGAAGAUGGAGUGGGCUGCACACACAUUGUUGUACAUUCCUUGUGAGUUGUGGCACUCCCCUCCCCCUCAGAUUAUCUAUCCCCUCUGCCCUGCACCAUCUCUGAGGGCUUGCAGAUCUGUCUCAUCCCAAGGUUUCUGCUGCCCACAGAGGAAAUCCACUGGGGGAUAUCUUAGUACAGCAAGAUUUUCUUUGUCCCUUUCCCUGUCCUUCAACUAGCUCACUUUGAGGGGCUUAUAGAGCUUACCUUUGAGGGUCUUAUAGCACUGACCUUUGAGGGGCUUAUAGCAUGGUGCCAUAAAAGAUGGCACAUAGCACAUUAGGAUUAUCUCACCUGUGAUGCAGGUGAGCAAGUAUUUGCAUUGCCGGAACCUUGAAUACCAGUGGUGCACAGGACACCUGAUGUCAUUGUCCCACCAGCUCCUAGACUGUUGAAUAUUUACCACUUAUCAACCUGAUUAUAAGGGAGGCUUCUGGUCAUAAAAAUAUACUGGUCUCAUCUGAGGUUUUUAUAUCAAUUUUAAAUCUUUUCAAGCUUCUGCACCUGUGCACACAAGACAAGGACUCCCACCACCACCCGUCUUUCCUGAACUCUUCUCUUUCCUACUUCUCUUUCUCCUCAGGUGUUGGUUGCAAGUCCUUUGCCUGGGAAACACUAAAACUGACAUAUUUGUAAAAGAAUUUGAAUGCCAUUGGACUUAAGUGGAGUUACGCAAGUGCCUGAGUGUUUGCGGUCCUUGGUUAAAAACCUGUUGGCUUUUGGGAGAAAUAUGUUUCUAUAUCUCAGCUUUUGCAGUGCCUCUUCACUGAAACUCCUGGGUUUUAUAACCAUAAUUUGAAAGUAUUCAUUGUUACUGUUCGAACAUUAAAGAUUGCAUGCAAAAUGUCAUGUUACGACUCUUCAAGCCUGUUACUAUUGGGGACAUUUUUGUUAUGUUCCCCACUCCACUAACAGAUUUAAUACCUGGUUUCAGCAUUUUUUGAGACAUAUUUUUCCAGCAUGCUCUAUUCAAUGGUCUUUUUUUUUUUUAAUCUCAAGGGUUAAGGUUUGGUUACAACAGUUCAUGUUUUUAUGUGCUGAAGAGCAGUAACCGCUAGGCCAGAAUGCUGUGUUGUGGUAUCUGCCACGGGGUACCAGAUUCAGGGACCAGAAGGCUCCAGAGACCUGCUGUCUCAGACAAAGCCAGAUAAAGGUGUGCUCCAAAAUCACACCAUAACAAGCUUCACAAAGCUACAAAAUUAAGAAUUCAGUGUUUGCUGCAGUUUAGUGAAGCAGAGUGGAGAGGCUUCAUUGAGUCGCUUGAGCUGAUGAUACAGGAUGCACAGGGAAUUUAAGAUGGCUUGAUGCACUCUUGAUUGUGCCUAGAGGCAGCGCAAGGUGUGAGACCACUGAAAGCCAGAUGAUAUUUAAAAUCAAAUUGGAAAGAGUAUAAAGUAACUGUGGGAUUUUGGUUAGGUGCUCUGUGAAAAAAACGGUUCAAAUUUUCAUAGCCUGCUUAUUUUGAAACUCUCAAAGCUAAACCACAUUUUUCGCAGGGAACCAACUGUAAAGCACAUAUAUUUUAGUGCCUGUAAUUAUGCAGCUGUACAACUGAUGUGCCCAAGAAGUGUGACAACCCCAAUACAGAGGCUGAAAUCUGGACACACCGGAAUUCAGAUGAAAAUUUGGCCAAAUGGCUUAUUGGGGUGUGGGGCUUGCACAAUUGCAUCCAUGUUGCCUGUGGUGGAACAAUGACGGACUGCUGAGGUCUCCUGUGAAACCCUACCAGGGUAGUUUUGCUUAUGUUUACCUGGGCAACAGUGUCCUUGGGUAUCGCUUAGGGGUUAAAAUCCAGCUCUGGAAUUCAAAAUACAUUCAAAUGACACAUGUGAAAUUUCAACUUCUUUUGCUCUGAAAAACAGCAAAACAAUGUGCAGCCUUGCCUCAGUCGAGUCAAGCUUUCAGCUGAGGGAAGAGAGCUUGCCCAAAUAUUCUCCUUCUUUUUUCUCAAAUCAAUCCCUUUCAGUUCGUUACUCUGUUGCUAAUCUUAUUUUUGCUUGCUAUUAGCAUAGGUUAAAAGUUUAAAAAAACCAGAGAACACUUGGAACUUAAAAUGAGAGAAGAAAUAGCAUUGUUAUUUAUUUUCAUCACUGUCUGACUUCUCAUUUUGACAGCAAAAGUUAUUUUGGAUCACUUUAAUGAAUUCUGCAAGUCAGAUAAAAAGUUGAAUAUAUAUGUUGUUGUGAUUAAAAUUAGAAAGUAUUUUUAUAGCAGGAAAAAAAAGGAUUUUCCUUCAGUAAUUUGCAAAAUGAGGGGAGUACAAGUUGCAUUAUUUUAAACACAGAUUUCCCAGGCUUUUUAAACUUAUUGAUAUGCAGUGUACAAUAUCAAUAUUUUAUAAGAUUAAAUAAUAAUAAUAUGUUUCAGAUCUUCCAUCUUGCCUUCCAGUUUUUCAUACGGAACAUUAUUCAAGCCUGUUAAAUAUAACUGAUACUGUUUUGCCUGAUAUUUGCAAUCAACAGUUUGCAAAUAUCUAUGCAAUUUUUGUCAGUACUCUGCGAUUCCUGAAGUGUAUGAAUACAUACUACCUGAUGCUUGUGUUGAUAAAGAAAAUGUGUUUAAAGGACGCUAUAUGUGGCUCCAUUAUAAAAGAAGUCACCACAGGGAUCAGACAUGAAGGAAAAAGAAAUGUUAACACUGACAUCUCAGCCUUUCCUGUAUUACUAUGGCAUUUAAGUGAAUGCAGCCACUAAAAUAAUUUCUAAUAAAUGAAGUGAUUCUUGUCUAACACUUUCUCCUAACGUUUCUGCUGCACAUGGCUCAGGUUAAUA